UGACCGGAAACGGGUUGUGACAUGCGCGUAGUGCAUAGCAACACUCAAACUGCUGUUGAUGCCUAGUUGAUUUCGAGACGAGUGUACACAGUUUGCACUUAUUUUUGGCAAAAUGGAAUCAGCAGGACUUCAUCUGGACAUUGAUUAUGUUGGAAGCAGUGGAGUUAUUCUCAGCCCGGAGCAGAAAGCAGCUUUACAAACCUCUUUAGUCAUUCUGCAAAGUCAAAACAAAUUCCACAAGGUUUAUUUGUGGGGUAAAAUUUUGGGUGUGAAGGAUGACUAUUUCAUCGCUCAGGGUGUAUCCAGGGAUGAAAUGAUUGAUAAGAAGACCUUCUACAGCAAAGACUGUGUCAACUGGGGUUUGUUGCCGCCUGCUACAAAAGCAAUGCGUGACCAGAGCAAGCUAGCUAAGGGACGUUUCACUGGAGACCCUUCCUAUGAGUUUGAACACACAGAAACAAAGAAAGUUGGCGAAGGUGAAGAUGCUCAGGAGGAAGAAGAAACUAUCUCUAUCAAAGAAGAAGACAGACUUUCUUCAGUCAUUGCAGAUAUUGAUGAAGAUGUCAAAAUUGUUCCAAGAGGAGCUUUUGUACAAACACCAACAGGCGAAGUGAUAUCAAAUCGUAGUUUUGAAGGACUGAUUGUGUCUGAAGCUGCCAAGCUUUGUUCAUACAUGCACUUCCGGGAACCUAAACUUCUCCCAGAAAAGUCCCUCUUACAGAAAGCUAAUAUGGACAAAUCUAUUGACUUCAUGGACAACUUGGAAGAAGACAUUCCUAAAGGAGCCUGGAGUUUACAGUUUGAGCGAGGCAGUGGGUUGGUGACACUACGAAGUCUGUUAUGGCAAGGCUACGUAUUCUACCAUAUCCCCGGCUGCAGAAAGUAUGGCUCUAUCUAUGUGGGAACAGGAGAGAAAAACCUUGACCUGCCAUUUAUGUUGUAACUCAAAUCUAACAAAUAAGAAGACUCAAGAAAAAAAAUAUCUGAAAUCAGACCUGAAAUCCUACAAAUACCACAAAAUCUGUUUACAUUGAAAAUGUCAAUGAUUGCUUAUGGUAGAAGUUUGAAAUGGAACUUCAUACAGAGACCUGUGACAGUUUGAACAAUCCAAAUGAACAGGUAUACCGUGAAUUACAUGUGUAAGGAAAUCAGUGCUACAACAUUGUAUCUCAACUAAAGGAUUUUAUGAUGGUAAAAAUUAUUUGAAAGAAAAUUCUCAGUCAUAGAAACAAUUUUAACAUCGUAAUGACGUGCAUUCAGUGUCAUUAUCAUAAAAUUACUGAAAAAAAUGUGAAUAUUGAAAUGUUUUUUGUUCAUAAUUUACUUUUGUCUGUCAUUAUAUACAUGUAUUACAUAAAUAUGAAUAAAAAGUAUGUCAAUUUGUAAAUAAACCAUAUAUUUAACAAAA